AUGGAACUCAAAGCCACUGGUGCACCAAGCUAUCUAGAGCGCCACAUGGAGUUGGAGUUUGGAAGAGCAUAUGCAAACUCUGGGAGGAGUUCUCACAAAAUCACCACUUCGCAACGAAAACAAAAGAGACUGUAUCAGCCAGUUCAUUUACUUGUUGGAACUCCUGGAAGAAUUCUUGACCUUGCAAAAAAAGAAGUGUGCGUUUUGAAAGAUUGCUCCAUGCUUAUAAUGGAUGAGGCUGAUAAGCUUCUCUCACCAGAAUUCCAACCUUCCAUUGAGCAGCUGAUCCGUUUCGUACCUGCAAAUCGCCAGAUCUUGAUGUUUUCUGCGACAUUCCGUGUUAUUGUCAAGGACUUUAAAGAUAGAUAUUUGAACAAGCCAUAUGUUAUCAACCUCAUGGAUGAACUUACACUCAAGGGUAUAACACAAUUUUAUGCUUUUGUUGAAGAAAGGCAGAAGGUUCACUGCCUUAGCACUCUCUUCUCAAAGCUUCAAAUUAACCAAUCAAUUAUUUUUUGCAACUCUGUAAAUCGAGUGGAACUUCUUGCCAAGAAGAUUACUGAGCUGGGCUAUUCAUGCUUCUACAUUCAUGCCAAGAUGCUUCAAGAUCAUAGGAACAGGGUGUUUCAUGACUUCCGCAAUGGUGCCUGCAGGAACCUUGUUUGUACUGGUUGGGCGGUCAGGGAGAUUUGGACACCUUGGUACAGAAUUGAACAAGAACUAGGAACAGAGAUCAAGCAAAUUCCUCCACAGAUAGAUCAAGCUAUAUAUUGCCAGUGAGCAGUUAGAGAAACAAGAUAGUGGACAUUGUGGAUAUGAUGAUGGCGGAGAUGGUGGUGAUGGAGGUUGUGGAGAUAGUGGUGGAGGUAGGCAGGAUGUGGCGACAACAAAGAAACAAGAUGGAGAAGAAAACAAAAAAAAAAUUAUGUCCUUUUUAAUUUUCAUCUUGUAUUAGGACCUAUUUCAGCAUUAAGUUUUUACAAUCACAUCUCAAAAGAGUGUAUGAUACCCACAUUUAUGCCAAGCAGUGUGUGUCUAAUAGGCAUAUUUUGGUGGAUGUUGGAAUGCCUAAUUAGAAAGUGUUAGUGGGGUGUCAAAAUAAAAGGUGGGGGCAACUUUAGAGGUUCUGUAUCUGACAAUCUCUCCUUUUAGUUUGUCCUUUCGACUAUUCUAGUGCAUGCUUGCGAUAUUUUACUGGAA